UACCAUUAUUUACCUGACAUACUAUUGACACCGAUACCAUAAAAGUAAUAAAUUUAUUAAAUUAUUAUUUAUAAAAUAAUGGACACUAGGUUAACUGGUUUAAAUUCUAAUAAGAAUGAUGAUGAAGAUCGUCUACCUGAUACACAACUACCAGGUGAUGAAUCACAAUCACAGUCAUCAUCAUCAACACCAAAUAAAAGUUCAUUUGACACAUGGGCCUUCCUUAUUCCAUGUCAAAGCCAACUUGAUCAACAUGAUCCAUAUCAUAACAAUAAUCGAAAGCCACUUGAUAUAUUUUGUCUCAUUAAAAAUGAAUAUACAGCUGGACGAUUGGAACAUGUGGAUAUACAAUUUAAUGAAGAAAACACAGAUUUAAAAAGAUUACUUCAAACAAGUAAAACACAAUUUAUAAUUAAACGUGAAAGAGUAACAAAUUAUAAAACAGCUGAUUAUGAAGGUGAUUUUGUUGUUUUUAUUUAUGACAAAAGUAUGAAUGGUACAUAUAUUAAUAAAAAAAAACUAAAAAAUAAUAAAGGCAUACUACUUCAUAAUGAUACAAUAAGUAUUGCUAGCCCGAAUUAUAAAGGUAACUUUUAUAAUUAA